UGUCAAUAAAAUGACGUGAUGAUAUAAAGUGAAUAUGAAAACUUCCUCUUUCGCAAAAUUAAUACUGCACAUUAAUGUUAAAUAAAAGUCAUGGAAGUGAUUUACAUUAGAAUUUAUGGAUUUUUACUUGCUUUAGCAUGCUGCAGUUCCGGCUUAGAUGCGCUAUGUAGUCCAACCUUUGCCGGAAUCAAGCGGUUCGGAACAGAUUGUAGAUAUGCCUGCCAUUGUAUGAAUAAUGAACAAUGUGACAAAAACACAGGAAAUUGUGACUCAGGAUGUGACUUUGAGUGGGUAGGACCUGGUUGUCAGUACAAAAAUAUUGCUUUUGUCCAGACAAGCCGCCACAUGGAUAACAAACAACCUCCUGCAUUUGCAGAUGGGGCUAACGAUCAUAAUUUAUCAACAUGCAGUUUUACUGAUACACCAGACUCAGCACAAAGAAGAACCGUUGCGCCUUGGUGGACAGUUUGGUUACCAUUCUAUGCUCCAGUCAGACAGCUUACAUUCACAACAAAAGUGGAAUAUCUGUCACACUUUCCACGGUUUAAUCUUACUGUGCAGAAUAUGUCACGUUCAGACAGCGAACUCAAAGUAUACAGUUCCAUUGGAGUAUUAUGUUACCAGCAAGAUUACUCUGUUCCAACAGAUAAAACUGUGAAGAUUAAAUGUACUGGCACACCAGUGGGGAAUCAAAUACGUCUACAGCUUGCUAACACGUCUACACAACUUGUACUGUGUGAUUUCAGAGUUUACGGAGAAUGCAAGGACCGGACUUGGGGUACACCUUGUGCAAAUGAUUGCGGGCUCUGUGAAACCUUUUCACAGUGUGAUGUUAUCACUGGACAUUGUCCUACAGGCUGUGACCCAGGCUAUAAAACUCCAGUAUGCAACACAGAAUGUGAAAAUGGCAAAUAUGGUAAAAACUGUUCGUACACGUGUAGUGGAAAUUGCAAAGAUAAUGUAGCAUGCGAAAAGAAGGAUGGAUCAUGCAAAAAUGGUUGCACUCCUGGGUAUACCGGUGACAAAUGUGAUAAAGUUUGUCCUGUUGGUAAUUAUGGACACAAGUGCAAAGAAAAUUGUAGCCCUAAUUGCGCUGGUGGAGAAGGGAACUGCGAUAAAGUAUACGGUACGUGCACAGUUGGCUGCAGUCCUGGCUGGAACGGACGAACAUGCCAAGAAGCUUGUCCUACGGGACACUGGGGCGUGAACUGUGUUAAUCCAUGCACAAAUUGCCUGUCAGGAACAUGCAGGAACACGGAUGGUCUGUGUUUUGGUGGUUGCAUGUCUGGUUUGAAAGACACGCCAUUUUGUGAUGAAGAUUGUGAAGAUGGAAAGUAUGGAAUGAAUUGUCAAGAAAUAUGUAAUGAAAAUUGCAAUGGCAUCUGUAACAAGACAGAUGGCUCUUGUCAAGGAUGCAAAACAGGAUGGCAUGGGUAUAAUUGUUCAAUAGCAUGUAGUAAAGGGACAUGGGGUGAAAGCUGCGUGAGAACAUGUGGUAAAUGUUUGAAUGGCAGUUGUGAUAGGUUUGAUGGAGCUUGCAUUGGUAACUGUCAACCUGGAUACAAGCUAAAACUAUACUGCGACGAAGAAUGUGAGACUGGUAGGUAUGGCAACAAUUGUACUGGACAGUGCAAACCGGCGUGUAACGAUAUAUCUCUAUGUAGGAAAUCAGAUGGCUAUUGUGUAACAGGAUCAGCAACAGCAAUAACAGCAGUGAUUGCAGGUGUUGGUUCAGCACUCAUAGUGGUUAUUAUAUUUGGAGUACUUACAAUUCUAUGGUAUCUUAGAAGAAAACGAAACGGCUCAAGCGAGAACAACCGUACGACAGGACCGACAUAUGGAAUGGCUAUGACGGACUUAAGAGAUAAAACUAAAUGUAUAGAUGUGAAAACAGAUGAAGGGACUGAUGAUGCAUAUGACACUAUCGAAGGCAGAAACGUAGAUGAGCAUCAAUACCAACAACCUGAUGAAAAGCUUAGAUACUAAAUAAUUUUACUGAUGAGAGAAAAAAGCAAACUUCAUGUUUUAAAUUUUCUAUGACACAAGAAAAAGCAGUUUCAAACAGAUAAUGAACAAUAUCUUCAUUUAGAAAGCAACAGUUUACUUCGUUUUCAGCUGAUUCAGGAUCAAAAUAUACAAACAAUUUAAUCUAUUGUCUGAAAGUUUAUACACUACGUCAUUUAUUGAAGGCCAAGUAUGAAUAAUAACCAAAUGCUAACUAUUACUUUAGAAAAUGAAUGCAAUGCACUUUCAGUUGUGUACACAAUAGAAUUUGAAUUCAUAUUAUUGUGAUACUUGGCUAUUUUAAACGAAGUAAAGUUAUGACUUCGAAAGAAAGGAAAUAUGGAGCUAGUUUCAAGCAUAAUUCUGCAGCCUGUUUGCCUUGUUCUUGGUGAUUCCGAGGGAUCUAUACUUUCUAGAUUUUUUUCAACACUGUAUAUAUCAGCUUUUUUUCUAACAAAUCACCAUUUUAAAACAUAUAUUUAUCAUAUAGCUGCAUCAUACCUAAUCAAUAUUAUUGCCGGUAAAUAUUUAUUGAUUUAUAUAUGUAAGGCCAUACUAUUUAAAUUGUUAGAUCAUCUUCCACUCCCGCUAUUUUUAUGCCUCCCCUUACCAUAUUUAGUUUAUAAGAUCACCUAUGGAAUAUUUUUAUAAAGAAUGUAUCAUUCUUAUUGCUUGUAAUCAAAUCCAUUUGACAAAAAUUACUAUUACAUGUCCUUUUUAUUUUUCCCUUUAUUUCUUCCAUAAAGCAAAAAUAAAAUACGUUAUCUGAAAUAAAAAGAAAUUAAAUAAAAUUAUUCCUUUCCCGUAGUGAAGAAAUUUAAUCCUGCAAUUAAUUUAUGAUGGUUUCAGAUACAAGUUAGGAAUACUAUACAAUGUUAUGUGUAUUCUGCUAUUCCAUGAACUUUUGAAAAGUAACUGCAUAACUUUUCAUCAGUUUUGUUGCAUUAAUAAGAACUUGUUGACAGACGAUGUUCACUGAAUGUUUCAUUUUCAUUUUUCAAAAACCAAGAUAUUUACACAGAAACAAAAUGUGUUACUAAUUUAAAUUUAUUACCAUAUAAACAUAUAUUAUGUAACCACAAACUUUCAAACUUUCUGUAUAAAAUAAUGAUGUAGUAAUGUGAUAAGCAGUUUUACAAAUAAUAGGUAUCUGUAAAAUAUUAAAAACACUUGAUUAUCAAGAAUUUAGAAUAAGCAUCCACACUGUAACAACACUGGUAGGUUCUUUCAACACCGUAAAUAUAACCCCCAUGUAAGUGUUACAAGCGUGGAUAUUGCACUUUAACAUAAAAAUUAGUCUCUUUUCAGUAAAUGUGUAUCAUGCAAAUAUUUACUCCAAGUCUGUAAUUUCUGAUCCUCCAGCAAGCACCUCCAAAUUCAUUUUCCAUGGCUGUUUCAACCUGGAUAGUAUGCCUAGAAUAAAAGAAAUAAAAAUAUA